AUGGGGAAACUAAACAUUGCACACCACAAAUCCUACCACCCUUACCGACGAGACAACAUCGAACGGGUCCGACGCGAUGAAGAGGAUGCCCGUCUUCAGGACGCUGCCGAAGAGGGUAGAAUGAUGCUGGCAGACUCCGAGGCGCGGAUAGACUUGCUCAGGCAGCGGGCAGGUUUGGCGAAUCAGCACAAGAAGAGAAAGCCACAAGACGAGGAGGAAGGCGGAGAAGUGGAGAAAACUGAGGCUGGGCCGUCGAGCAUCACCUCCGGAGGGCAUAUCAAUCUGUUCGAGGAUAUUGAGCGGCAAAUGAUACCAGUCUACGGACGAUCCACCAAUAAGGCUGCGCCAGAGACAGAAAAGGGGAUACCACUAGCACCUUCUGAGAAAGACCUCAAGCCAUGGUACUCCGAUCGUCAUGAUGGCAAGGGCAAAGAUCGAGAUGAAGCGCGAGAAACUCGGGAGCUCGCGCGCAAGUCCGUGAACGACCCUCUGACGUCCAUCAACCACAAGCUUUCUGCGCGCUCAUCAGGCACACCUACGAACCCCUCCUCUCGCUCCCGUCCGUCGCAUCCCGACAGACCACCUCCAACCUCGUCUUCUGAACCCCGCAGUGCAGAAGCAGCGCGUCUCAACCGCGAGUCUGCCGAGAGGCAAAGAGCCCUCGAACUGAUCCGGCGGAAGAAACGCGAGAUGGCUGGCAGCGAGACGCCGAGCACCGUGCAUGGUGGGGCAGGCGAAGGUUACCGUGAUGUGUUCAACAGAAGAGAAGUCGAAGAGGCACGAAGGUUUCGGGAGCGGAGGUGGGAUGAGAGGGACAGGAGAGAUAGGAGAGACGACUAUCGUGCGCGGUGGUAGCUGUCACUAGUACUGAGUAGGACUGACUGACUUCUGCUGGUUUGUGCGUGUAUAGUUGUGUGUACAACAGGCUUCGGACGUGCUCUUCGUAUGUCGAAAUGCGGUUGCUCAUCGGAGUCGAUAACAGAGGUCGCAUAAC